CUGACGGUUCGUCUCUUUCCGUCUCGUUUUCUAUUUGCGCUGAGAUAUUUGGGUUUGUUUUAGGGUUUUUGUUUUUGAUGAAACUGAGUUACAUUGCUAUAAGAAAUUGACCUUCUUUGUGAUUUUUGCAGUGUUAUAUUGCUCUUUGGCGCUUGGGCGAGCUGAGAUUUUGCAGAGGAGGUCUAUGGAACGAUACUUGUCAUCCCAAAACUAUGGAGAGAUUUUCAGCCAUCAGGUUAUUUGGUUUGUCGACAAGACACUUGAAGAAAAUGUUACAAUGGAACCCAUUGGUGCAGUUAUCAUAUUAAAUCCACGGACUGGGCAGCUGUUUCUGAAGGUCAACCCAAGUACAGAAACUGCAGAAGAGGUUGCUGCUCUGGUGCAGUCUUUACCAGCUGGAGAAUGUCCGAAACAAAUUAUUGUGGAGGUGAGUAAGGGAAUUCUUGAUACACUACAGGUGCACUUGUUGGAUUUCCCUAACAUAAGCAUAAAAGGAAGUGAGCUGCAGCUUCCUUUCCAGCCUCUGCUGAAGAUAGAGAAAUUUGGUGAUCUGAUGUUGAAGGCUGCUGAGCCACAGAUGGUUCCAUUUAACGUCUAUGAUGAUUGGUUGAGUAGCAUUUCACCAUACGCUGCAUUUUCCCGGCUCAUUCUGAUUCUACGUGCCCUUCAUGUGAACGAUGAGAAGGCAAAGAUGUUAUUAAAUCCUGACACAACAGUAGUUACCGAGCCCAAUCACAUCUGGCCUUCUCUUUCUGAAUUUCAAUGGAGGAAGGUCGAGGUUGCUCUGAGGGAUCUCAUUCUGUCAGAUUAUGCAGAAAAGAACAAUGUGAUCACAUCCGCCCUGACCCAAGUGGAGAUUCGUGAUAUUAUUCUUGGAGCGUAUUGAGAUGACCUCUCUUUAAUAUCAUAAUAUUAGUAGUUAUAUCUUUAAGGUAUCCCAAUGUAUACGUGUUGUGAGUCUUUUGAUUCAUCCUUUGGGAUUAUUGAAAGAAUGAUGUUUAACCUAUGGAAGUUAUGGGAUGCGUUUGGUUAAUUGAUUGGCAAGCAAUGCCGGUCCUUUUUGUUUUUUGCAA